AUCCAAUCAUGAGCAAUGCCAAAACAAGACAAAUAUGGAUGUCUCUAUAUUAUUGUGUAGUGUGUUGUCUUUUUUAUUUUUAUGUUACAUUGACUUUGCCUUCUCGUCGUUUGAGGAUGUUUCCAGUAGUGUAGGUUUGUGGAAAAGCAAUGGAAUAUUAGCUGCAUUUGGUGAUUUCAAUGCUGAUAAAAAUGCAGAUUUAUUUUUCAUCUCUAAUGGCCAAGUUGAAAGUAAAGUGGUUGUAUGCCUUUGGGAUUCAUCAAACGAUCGUUUUGAACCAAACAGAGAAGCAACAAUUAUUCUUAGUGGCGUCUCUAUAACAAAUGUUAUUCCUGGAGAUUUUAAUGGUGACGGUCAUUUGGAUGCCUUAGUAUCAUACAUCAACGAAAGUUCCACUUACGUUAAAUUAUACAAGGGAAAACAAAUUGGAUUUUAUGAUCCAGUUUAUAUUCCAGAUGCUUUAAGAGAUCAGCCAGCCAUAGUGGAUUUUGAUGGUGAUUUAAGACCUGACCUUUUGGCAAAUAAAGUCAUUGAUGGAAAACGCUAUUGGUGGCAAUAUAAUGCAAAGAAAAACUCAUUUAUUAGUCGGCGGUUUCCAUCAAAAGAAAAUAAAACAUUGCUGCAGUUAAGCAUACCUCAGUCUAGUGCAUUCUUGGAUCUAAAUGGAGACUACACGCCAGAUAUGCUCAUCACUACCAACAACUCAACAACAGGUCAAAUACAAUAUGAAGUCUGGUUGAACAAGGAAGGUACAAUGAAAUUUGAUGGUCAAAAAAGCUAUUCACAGCCAGAUGAUGUGUCAGUUGUGGGCCAGUCAACAUUUGCCGAUAUUGAUUCAGAUGGACGUACUGAGCACAUUUUACCAGUUUGUGUUAGUAAUGAUUGCAGCAAAGUGAAAUCAAGGGUGUAUUCAAGAUUUACAAAGAAGUGGAUAACUAUUUUACCUAGUGAUGAAAAUCAGAAUUACAAGUGGAAGUUUUCAAUAAAACGUACGAUGGAACAUGUCCCAUUGAUGACCCUUCGAAUUGGAGAUUAUAACAUCGAUGGCUAUCCUGAUGCAGCCAUGGUUAUGGAGAUAAACGAAGAUAAUGACAAUGGUUACAAGAGGAAGGUUAUUCUGUUGGAUAACGUGAAGUGUAAAGGAAAUGGCUGUUACAAUGGUAGGUUCAACAUGGUGAUACGGCGAAGUGCCUUAUCGACUAUCAAGAAUCCCAUUUUUGUCACAUUUUUUGAUCUUUAUGAUAACGGAAUGUUAGAUGUUUUUGUCGUCAGCUCCAAUGACACGGGAAGCUAUCAAACCCACGGCAUAAAAAAUAGUGUAUAUUCAGACACUUGUUUCUUGAAAGUAAUGGUUGUUGGGGGUUCUUGUUAUUCAAAUUGUCCUAGUGGUGUUAAGCCAUACGGUGUGAAUCAAGCUGGUCCCUUUGUGAAAUAUGUGACAACUGGCCUCCAUGGCGACACAAAACAAGCAAGUGCUACUCAGCUUUCUCAAGCUGCGUAUUUUGCUCUUCAACUGCCUUACACAAUCUUUGGUUUGGGAAGAACUCCUAAUUUUGUCGAAGAACUAACUGUUGGGCUACCUCAAAGUUCCUCGAAGCGUCGUGUACGUACAUGGCCCUCGAUUAUCCCUAAUUCACAGGUUAUCAUUAUCCCUCAUCCUCCUAACGAUCCCAAUGGUUGGAUCUCUUUGUUGCUUAUUACACCAAGUAAACUGGUUCUCAUGACUGGUGGAGCCUUAUUGGCUACUUGUGUAUUUAUUGGAGCAUUGAUUGGUAUUUUACACUGGCAGGAAAAGAAAGAAGAUCGUCGCGAGAAACAAGAAGCCGCUCAUAAAUUUCAUUUCGAUGCCAUGUGAAUAUGCUCUGUUUUAUUUUAACUCAGGUCCGAUCUCGUUUGCAGUGAGGAAACUCUCAGGAAAUGAACCAAACUGAGAUUAAAUCGUGCAUUGCUUCAAAUUGUAAAUCCCAAAUUAUUUAUCCCAUAGUGUAGCUUAACUUCACUUUUCCAGAAGUGUGAGCUUGUAUUAUAUUUAUUUCUAAUUUUCUUAACCAUGUGGGUAUUCUGUAUAAUCCACUCAAAACAAAAUAAAACACAAAAUAAAACGUACACUUACGUCACUAA